AGGGAGGGAGGGGCGCCCCCCAGUGCCAGUCAAGACUCUGCAGCGGCCAAUCGGGAGCUAGGAAGAAGGUGACGUCAUCCAGGCCCCGCCUCCUUUGCAGCCGCCGCCAUUUUAGGAAGAAGAGGGGUGCGGCCGAGGCGAGCGGAGAGGGACGAGAAAAUGAGGAUUCUGUGAAGCCAACUCUUGGGUGCAGUAAGAAAAACAACAAUAUAGAAAGAAGAAAUCUGCUCAAGGUUGAUGAUCUUGCUGAAUUCUUGACCUCACUUCCAGAUAGGAAAGGAAAAAGGAAGAGUCAACUAUCAGUAUUGCAAUUAAACACCCAGAUCACUGUUGACGUAAAGGAGAAAGCAUCUAAAUGGCUGAAACAUGCAAAGAGUUUUUCUCAAGGGAUUGUCUUCAGCAAAAUGAAAGGAGUCACACUGGGGAGAAGCUCUAUGAAUGCCUGUGCGGAAUGAGUUUCACUUGGGGGGAUACUCUGCCGCAACAUGCAAGGACUCACACUGGGGAGAGGCCCUAUGAAUGCCUGGAGUGUGGAAUGAGUUUUAUUUGGGGGGAUUUUCUGCAGCAACAUGAAAGGACUCGCACUGGGGAGAAGCCCUAUGAAUGCCUGGAGUGUGGGAAAAGUUUCACUCAAACUUCAGAUCUACGUAAACAUCAAAGGACUCACACUGGGGAGAAACCCUAUAUAUGUCUGGAGUGUGGAAAGAGCUUCACUAAUAUUUCAAAUCUGUAUUUACAUCAAAGGACUCACACUGGGGAGAAACCCUUUAAAUGCCUGGAGUGUGGACAGAGCUUCACUCAUAGUUCAGGGCUACGCUCACAUCAAAGGACUCACACUGGAGAGAAACCAUAUAAAUGCUUGGAGUGUGGACAGAACUUCACUCAUAGUUCUGGUCUACGUUCACAUCAAAGGACUCACACUGGGGAGAAGCCCUAUGAAUGCCUGGAGUGUGGAAAUAGCUUCACUGUUAGUUCUGCUCUACGUUCACAUCAAAGAACUCACGCUGGGGAGAAACCCUAUACAUGCCUGGAGUGUGGAAAGAGCUUCACUGCUAGUUCAGCUCUACGUUCACAUCAAAGAACGCACACUGGGGAGAAACCCUAUACAUGCUUGGAGUGUGGAAAGAGCUUCACUAUUAGUUCAGCUCUACGUUCACAUCAAAGAACGCACACUGGGGAGAAACCCUAUACAUGCCUGGAGUGUGGGAAGAGCUUCACUGUUAGUUCAGCUCUACGUAAACAUCAAAGGAGUCACACUGGGGAGAAACCCUAUGAAUGCCUGGAGUGUGGACAGAGCUUCACUCAUAGUUCAGGGCUACGUUUACAUCAAAGGAGUCACACUGGGGAGAAACCCUAUGAAUGCUUGGAGUGUGGGAACAGUUUCUCUGAUAGUUCGGGUCUUCGUAGACAUCAAAGGACACACACUGGGGAGAAACCCUUCACGUGCCUGGAUUGUGGGCAGAGAUUUUCCCGGCGUUCAACUCUAUAUGCACAUCAAAGGACUCACACUGGGGAGAAACCCCAUAAAUGCCUGGAGUGUGGACAGAGCUUCACUCAGCUUGCAUAUUUAUAUAGUCAUCAAAGAACUCACACUGGGGAGAAAUCCUUUAUGUGCCCAGAUUGCGGUCAGACAUUCACCCACAGUUCAGGUCUACGUGCACAUCAAAGGACUCAUACUGGGGAGAAACCCUACACAUGCCUGGAGUGUGGAAAGAGCUUUCCUCAGAGUGCAAAGCUACGUUUACAUCAAAGGACUCACACUGGGGAGAAGCCCUAUACAUGCCUCAUUUGUGGAAAGACUUUCACUCAGAGUUCAAAUCUACACAGACAUCAAAGGACUCACACUGGUGCUGCCUUGUAGACCUGGCCACAAGGGCUGGGCCAGGAGGUGGGCGGAACCAGAAGGGGCAGGCCCGGGCCCGAAGGGGCGGGACCAGAUGGGUUGUGGAUUGGAGAGGGCAGGGUCCCGGUAGGAAAGGUUGGAGGUGGAUGGGAAGGGGCAGGGUCAUGGCGGGAAGGGACGGUGUGGGUGGAGGAGGAGGAGGUACACAUUGCUGGUGAGCGUUCUCACUAGUGCCGUGAUUCUCCCCUGGGGCUCCUCUCAGUCUGGGGAAGGCGGGCCAUCUACCCAUGACUCAGAGAAGGAGAAACAUGUUGCUGCUGAGAGUGCUCUCUCCAGCGAUGUGUAGCUCCCCUGAUUCUCCUCUAAGUCUGGGGAAGGCGGGCUACUUUCCCGAGGCGCCAAGGAGAAGAAGAAACUCUCUUCUUCUUGGCGAGCGCUCUUAGGAGAGUUUUCGGCAGGGGUGCGUACCACUCCUCUGUUACGUCAGCUCCACUGGCUGCCGAUCUGCUACCGAGCACAAUUCAAAGUGCUGGCUUUAGCCUAUAAAGCGCUAAACGGUUCCGGCCCAGCUUACUUGUCCGAACGUGCCUCCCGCUAUGUCCCAUCACGGAAUUUGAGAUCUUCCGGGGAGGCCCUGCUCUCAGUCCCGCCAGCCUCACAGGUGCGGCUGGCGGAGAUGAGGGACAGGGCCUUUUCAGUGGUGGCCCCCCGCCUAUGGAACGCCCUCCCAAACGCAAUUAGGGAAGCUCCCUCCCUCCUGUCUUUCCGAAAAAGAACAAAAACGUGGUUAUGGGAGCAGGCAUUUGAGCAUGAGUAGCAGCAGAAUUGCAGUAUGAAUAUAUGACUCAUUGACAGACCCCCACCUGGACAUGAAAAAUGCGCCUGAAAUGUAUAUUUAGAUGUAUAAUUAUGCAGGUUUUUAAUUUAUAUUUUAAUUUUUAUUGUAAUUUUUUAAUCUUGGAAGACUUUUAAUCUGAUGUAAACUGUGUUUCUGAUGUAUAUUGUAAGCCGCCCUGAGUCCCCUGAUGGGUGAGAAGGGUGGGGUAGAAAUUAUGUAAUAAUAAUAAUAAUAAUAAUAAUAAUAAUAAUAAUAAUAAUAAUAAUAAAUGUAAAGUUGAAUACAGACAGGCUCUGACUUUUGGCCCAAUGCUACUGGCCCUGUUGUAAUGGUCACACAGUGUUUUACUGUUUUAAUUGGGUAUGAUAUUGGUUUUUAGGUGUGUUUUACGAUUUGUUGUCGAAGGCUUUCAUGGCCGGGAUCACAGUGUUGUAUGUUUUCCGGGCUGUAUGGCCAUGUUCCAGAAGUAUUCUCUCCUGACGUUUCGCCCACAUAUAUGGCAGGCAUUCUCAGAGGUUGUGAGGUAUGGAGAAACUAAGCAAGGAAGGUUUAUAUAUAUCUGUGGAAAGUCCAGGGUGAAAGAAGAACUCUUGUCAGUUGGAGGCCAGCGUGAAUGUUGCAGUUAAUCACCCUAAUUAGCAAUGAAUAGCUUCAUCUCCUGAUGUGUGAAUGUUGUAAUUAAUCACUUUAAUUAGCAUUAAUGGCCUUGCCAGAUUCAAGGCCUGGCUUCUUCCUGCCUGGGGGAAUCUUUUGUUCAGAGGAGUUAGUUGGCCCUGAUUGUUUCCUGCCUGGAAUUCCUCUGUUUUCAAAGUCCUUAUUUACUGUCCUGAUUUUAGAGUUUUUCAAUACUGGGAGCCAGAUUUUGUUCAUGCUCAUGGUUUCCUCCUUUCUGUUGAAAUUGUCCACAUGCUUCUUGUGGAUUUCAGUGGCUUCUCUGUGUUGCCUGACAUGGCGGUUGUGAGAGUGGUCCAGCAUCUCUGUGUUCUCUGAUAAUAAUAUUCUGUAUCCAGGUUGGUUCCUCAGCGGUCACUCAUGGUUAUUGUAUUUAUAAGGUUUUAUUUUGUUUAAAAUGUGUUUAUUCUGCUGCUUAUGUAAUGUACUUACUUUACUCAAGGGCUCUGCUAUGGCUGACUUCUCUAGCUGAGUGAGUCUGCAGUGCCUUUCAUGUUCCUUGAUUCACGUUCGGGCAAUGCUGCUGCGUUUGGGGUCCCUAUGGAGACUUCUUGUCCACAGCUGCAUGGUAUGCGACAGAUUCCUGCUGAUGUGAGAGGAUCCCUCUUGGGCUUCACUGAACGGAGCAUUGGUGGGAUUUUCUGGUUCUGUAGAUAGUUUGUAGGUUGUGUUUCUGGGCAAGAUGAUGAAGAGACACAGCCAUACAUCAAGGGACCCACUGGCUGCAUUGGGAAGCUGAGGAAGAAAAGCAACCUACAAACUAUCUACAAACCACUAAGAACAUCCAACAAAUGCUCCUUUCAGCAAAGGACAAGAGGGAUCCUCUCCCCUCUGCAGGAGUCUACCGUAUACCAUGCAACUGUGGACAAGUCUACAGAGGGACCACCAAACGCAGAAAUGCCCAAUCGCAAAUCAAGGAACACGAAAGGCACUGCAGACUCACUCAACCAGAGAAGUCAGCCAUAGCAGAGCACUUGAUGAACCAGCCUGGACACAGAAUAUUAUUAUUAUUGGAGAACACAGAGAUGCUGGACCACUCUAACAACUAUCAUGUCAGAUUACACAGAGAAGCCAUUGAAAUCCCCAAGCAUGUGGACAAUUUCAACAGAGUUGUUGUAUGUUUUCCGGGCUGUAUGGCCAUAUUCUAGAAGUAUUCUCUCCUGAUGUUUCGCCCACAUCUAUGGCAGGCAUCCUCAGAGGUUUUGAGGUAUGGAGAAACUGAACAGAAAGGAGGAAACCAUGAAAAUGAACAAAAUCUGGCUACCAGUAUUAAAAAAAACCCUCUAAAAUCAGAACAAUAAAUAAGGAACAACACGCUAAAAAAAGAGGAAUUCCAGGCAGGAAACAAACAGGGGCAGAUAAUGACUCUGAACAAAGGAUUCCCCCAAGCAGGAAGAAACCAGGAGAUGAAGCUAUUCAAUGCUAAUUAAGGCAAUUAAUUACAGUAUUCACACUGGCUUCCAACUGACAAGUGUUCUUCUCCCACCCUGGACCUUCAACAGAUAUAUAAACCUUCCUUUCUUAGUUUUCCCCAUAUAGGGUUGUUGCAUGUUUUUAGCCCGAAAAACAUGCAACGGCCUUGUGAUCCUGGCCAUGAAAGCCUUCGACAACACCCAUAUACCUCACAACCUCUGAGGAUACUUGCCAUACAUGUGGGUGAAACGUUAGGAGAUAAUACUUCUGGAACAUGGCCAUACAGCCCGGAAAACACAACAACCUUGUUUCUUUCCCGUUUGUCAUUUUCCUCCUCUGGGCUUGUCACCUCUGCUCCUGUGCCUCUGUCUUUCUGUUUAUAAACAUGCUUUUAUUUUC